CGACCAUAGAUCCUGCAUUUUUGUGCCGAAACAAUGAAGGACGACGACGUGCUGGAAGACAUUGACUUUGACGACCUGGACGACCACUUGGAGCAGUUCCAGCAGGACGACUUCAUCAAGGAGGCGCUGGCUAAGGGUGUGGAUCUCCGCCAGUAUGCGCAGCAGAUCGAUCGCGAGCUUCGCGAGGUCGAGAUGGAGUCCAUCACGCAAUACGUGGCCAAAUCGGCCGACAUCGUGGACUUGUACAACCAGGUGCAGUCGUGCGACGACAUCCUCGCGCGCAUGCAGGAGAUGUUGCUGGGCUUCCAGGCGGACUUGGGCGGCAUUUCCGACGAGAUCCGCAACCUGCAGAACGAGUCCAUCGGCAUGAACGUCAAGCUCCGGAAUCGCCGCGAAGCCGAAGAGAAGUUGCGCCUCUUCCUCGACCAAGUGUACAUUCCCCCCACGUUGAUCGAAGGCAUCGACGACGGCGACGUCAACGACGCGUACAUUUCGUACCUCAUGAUCCUCCACAGCAAGUUGGCGUAUGCGAAACUCAGCCAGGCGGCCCCGACGUCCCUCGGCAUCGUCCCCGCGACCGCCAAGGCCGUCCAGCAGGUCGACGGCGACCUCGAGAAGCUCAAGCUUCGCGCGUGUGCGCAGAUCCGGGAAUGGCUACUCGGCCGCAUCAACGACCUAAAGAAGCCCAAGACAAACGUGCAGAUGGUCCAGCAGACCACAUUGGUCAAGAUGAAGUACGUGCUGUUCUUUCUAAACGACCACGCGCCGUCGGUCGCGUCCGAGCUCACGGAAACGUACGCCGACACGAUGAGUCGGCUGCUCGUGGGGGUAUUCAAGGCGUACCACACGGCACUGUUCAAGUUUGUGGACGAGAGCGCGGGGCGGACGGACGUGGUCGCGGUCGAAGAAGCGUCGCUCAAGGCGUCCAUGUUCAGCUCCCGCGUCAAGCCGACCAAUGCAUUUGCUCUGGGGGAUCGCGACAAGGUGGUCGAGAAUGCCGUGGCGCCGCCCAUAUUGGUGCACAUGGCGCAGGCGGAAGGCGGGAGAUGGCCAUACGAAGCGCUCUUCCGAUCGACGCAAGUGCAUCUCGUGAACGCUGCCACGUCAGAGUAUUUGUUUUUGCUCGACUUUUUCAAAGCCGCCGAAGGCUCCAAUCCCGUGCGCGUUCGCGAGCUAUUCCUUCGCAUAUUUGCAAAAACACUCAGCUUGGGCCUCGAACAGCUGGAAAACUACCUAUGUACGUGCUACGACGCGAUUGGGUUGCUGCUCAUGGUACGCCUGACCUUGCAACACCAGCAAGUUCUGCAGCAACGCCGAGUUCCCGUGCUCGAGACGUACUUGAAUCGCGUAUUGUUGCUCUUGUGGCCGCGGGUAUAUGCAGUGUUGGAGCUGAACGUGCAGAGCGUCAAGACUGCCAAGCCCAAGAAGCUAGGAAACGUCGAGCUCCAUCCGCAUUAUGUGACAAGAAGGUACGCGGAAUUCGUGGCGAGUGUGCUGGCGCUCGUGCCCGACGCAGCGGCGGCGGCGGGCGUGUAUGGCCACAUGGCGGCGUUGCGCGGAGCGUUGGUCGAGUUGCUCGACAAGUUGGCUGAGAACGCGCACAAAACGGCCAAGGACAAGAUUGUGUUCUUGAUCAACAACUACGACUUGGUUGUGAGUGUGGUGCAAGAGCGAAAGAUCGAGUCGGACGAGUUGUUUGACGAGUUGCUGACCAACUCUCGCGACAAGUUUGUCGAGGAAGAGUUGCUCAGCCACUACGGGCCGUUGAUUGGGUUUGUGCAGCAAGCAGAAGCAAAACAACGUACGAUCGGUGGUGGGGAUGCGACCAUCCCUCUUGACAGCGCCAAGGUCGAGCGUAUCGUAAAGGACUUUAAUGGCCAAUGGAAACGAGGCAUUGAACACAUCAACGCGAACGUGAUGAAGUUCUUUAGCAAUUUUCGCAAUGGCAUGGAAAUUCUCAAGCAAGUGCUCACGCAACUGCUGCUGUACUAUACGCGGUUUGUGGACCUGGUCAAGAAGAGCUGGACGCGGCCGCCCAGCUUUAGCAACGACAUCGUGACGACCCAAGAGAUCUUGUACGAGAUCAAAAAGUACAGCCGGUCGUUCUAAUCAUCACCUUGUACAUUGAUACUUCACCUGAAAAGAUUUAAAUAGACUUUAGUUGGUCGAGUUUUGGUACUAUUAUACUACGUUACUAAUACGUAAACCGGUAGUACGUACAGUUAGUAACUUGUAUUAAUAAGUACUAUUAAUACUACC